AUGUCAACCCCAUCCCCCCUCCCCGCCCUCAAAACCUCCCCCAAAUUCAUCUUCUUCACCGACUUCGACGGCACAAUAACACAGCAAGACAGCAACGAUUUCCUCGUCAACACCUACGGCCUCGGUCCCACCCGCCGCAAAGAACUCUUCCAAGACGUUCUCUUCGGCCGGACAUCCUUCCGUGACGCCUUCAAAACUAUGCUAGAUAGCGUGCAACUCCCGCUUGAUCAGUGUAUUAGUGCACUACUGCAGAAUAUCAGUCUUGAUGAGGGAUUCAAGGAGUUUUAUGAGUGGGCGAGGGCCAAUAAUGUGCCCGUUGUGGUGUUGAGUGGCGGGAUGGAACCGCUUAUUCGGGCGUUGUUGGGGCAUUUGUUGGGGGUGGAGGAGGGGAGGGGGUUGGUGAUUAUGAGUAAUGGGGUGAAGGCGAGGGAGGGGAUGGAGGUGGGUGAGGAGGGGGGGUGGGAGAUUGAGUAUCGUGAUGAGAGUGCUUUUGGUCAUGAUAAGUCGAGACAGAUACGACCUUAUGCGGAAUUACCGGAUGGAAAGAGACCGGUCCUGUUUUAUGCUGGUGAUGGUGUUUCGGAUUUGUCGGCGGCGAGGGAGACGGAUUUGUUGUUUGCGAAGGCUGGCCAUGAUCUCGUCACUUACUGUCAAAACGAAAAAGUUCCUUUUACUACUUUCCAGAACUUUAAUGAGAUUCUGGAGACGGUCAAGAGUAUUGUCUCAGGCGAGACUGAUGUUGCAGAAGUUAUGAAGAAUCAAAUAUAA